AUGCAGUUCCCCGAUCUUCACACCCAACUCCCUCGAAGCUUGCACACCCACACGGCGAUUUUACUUCAUGGCAGGGGAAGCGAUGGCCCAGAAUUUGCCGAAGAACUAUUUUCCUCCGUGACUUCACAGGGCAGAAACUUGCCAGACAGCCUACCAAAUUUUCGCUGGGUCUUUCCCAGUUCCGGUGAACGAUGGAGUGCAAGAUUCGAAGGAGAUAUGCCGUCUUGGUUUGAUGCAUACUCCCUUACUGAUAUCGGAGAAAAACAAGAACUGCAAGUGGACGGCCUCAGAGAAUCAGUGCUUUAUAUCCUGGAAUUAUUAGACCGUGAGAUUGAACAAGUCGGUGGGGAUCCUCGUCGUGUUUAUCUCGGGGGCAUCAGCCAGGGUAUGGCGACUACCCUAUGGACAUUGUUUUGCGCCCCAGGAAGGUUUCAAGGUCCACUUGGUGGGAUUUUGGGCUUCUGUGGAUCUUUGCCUUUUGCUGGACAAGUAGAGGAUCUUAUUCUAGGGUCUACAAAUAUUCCUAGCAUGUUGGAUGUUUCUAGCAAACAACGCCAAGCGUCUCGGUUAUUUUUGGAUGUCAUUGCUGGCCCCAUCACGCCGCAGAUCAAUGAGAAUACCGACUUAUCCGUGUUAUCGACUGCAGCGUUUCUGAGCCAUGGCUCUGAUGACAGCUGA